GUCAGAGUUCAGUGGACUUCAUUUAUAACCUUGUCGAAGAGCACGAGGGAGCCCAUGGGGACUUCAGUGUAAAAGAAGGACGUCCUCUCUCAGGUGGUAAUACCAGCUUCUUGGUCACUGUGACAGGAAGUGAAACAGUAAAGGUCACAGAAGUCACACUGUUUGACAGCUCAGGUCCAACAGAGGUCAAAGGAUCAUUGCAGUCAUUAGGAAGCAACGAUUUCCUGGUGACAUUUAGUGGAAUCCCAGCAGGUGAGUUUGUGCUUAUCCUGAAAGGAGAGGACAGCAGCUCCACUUCCAGGUCCACUUCAAGCAGCUUUCAGAGACAAGCGUCCACACAGAUCAAGACCUCCAGCAUCUCUGUCACUGCUGAAGCCAAUAAUACCAACAUUGAGCCGGGCACCACUAUCUCCAUCCCCUUCUCAGUCGCCGCAACUGCUGAUGGAGUCAUAACUGACUCUGCAACUGAGACAUUUACAGUGCGAGUCAGCAAUGACCGCAGUUACACUUCCACUUCACCCAGCAGUGUUACUACUGUAGCAGGCAAUGGUGGUAAAGCCAAUGGCACCGUGACCCUAACGGCUCCAUCCAGUACUGCAUCAGGAACAGACGUGACCCUCACCAUUGAGGCAGAAAACGCCGCUGCCACCGACAUCAACUAUGUAGUUCUCAGGUUUUCUGUGAGUGCUAAGGUGACAGAUGUUAACCGUCCAGUUUGCCAGGUAGUCAACACAUCAACCUGUGCCUCCACUUCAUUGCUUUGUGCUUCCUCCCAGUGGGAGUUCAUUGCCAAUUUCACUGAUGGCAUCAAUGGAACUGGCAUUGAGAGUGUAACCAUUCGCCAAGGGAAUGGUACUCUGAAUAUGAGCACAGUGGUUGAAGCAGGGGGUGAGAAUAUUACCCUGGUUACUUACACUGCCUCCUGCUGCUCACCGAUUGUGGAGCUGACUGCUGUAGAUAGUGUAGGAAAUGUGGGGACAUGUGUGGGACAGGCUAGAGUGCUUACCACACCUCCUCCUACGACACCUACCCCUGCAACUACAACUGCAGUUCAAACAACAUCAACCGGAGGGUACACUUUGAACAUAUCAACCAUUCUUUGGCUUAGUGUUGUGUUUUCAGUACUUUUGAAGUAACAGAAAAGAAAUGUCAAUUGUGCUGAAUUUGUGAAUCUGUGACAUAUGGGUCAAGUGACCUAACCUUGACUGCUGACCUGAGCUGGCUAUGAAGCAAAACACUGAUAAAAAAAAAAAAUACAUAUACUAAGACCUGCAAUUAUCGGCACAUCUGCAUUGACUUUGAGUAAUCUUCUUUAGGACCUAAAGAUUUGGCACAUAUUUAGAAUUUUUUUUUAAUGUUUUAUUUUACAAUAUUGUAUUUUACAAUACUUCAUUAAGAAUAUAAGACAUUAGGCAAUGUCUGUAAUUUUAACAGAAUACAAUGUUGCACUCAAAAUUUUUAUGUUGCAGUGUUGUGAUUUAUAUGCAACAACCUUUGUCUUGCUACCUAAUUUCACUGUGCAAGCAACUGUACAAUAACAAUAAAAGUCCUAAGUUCUACAAAUAAACACUACCAAUCAGA